UGCCUAAAUCUGAGUUAGAGAGGGUUCAUAAACUAUUUAAUACUGCAAUAGAACUUCUAGAAAAAUAUAUUGAAGUGGCUUAUCCUAAUUAUGAAAUUAGAAAACAAAUUCGCAAUGAUAAUAUUAAAGUUAAUGACCCAAGCAAAAUUGAGAGUAUGCUGGCAAAUUUACUGUUUGGACUUAAAACAGAAAUAACAGGCAAAUCAACAUUUUUUUGUGAUGAAAUAAAGCAAGCAAGCAAUAAUGCUCGGAUACAUCAUGCUACUGAUUCAUGUAGGAAAGUUAAAUUGUCUACUAUUGCUGAGUUAGCAAGGAAAAAGAAAAUUGAACUUGUAUACUUGCCUGGUUAUUCACCUAAACUAAAUCCAGUAGAGAAGUGUUUUAGUGUGAUAAAGAAUUAUUAUCGCCAACAAAGACCAAGAACUGAGAGGCAGUUAAGGAGAGUUAUUAAGGAAGCAAUAGCAAAAAUACAGCAACUAGAUUUAACUAAAACUUUCAAGAGUUGUUUUAGUUUGUAA